AAUCAGAGCUACAACACACUGGACGGCCGUCAUGGACGCACCCACUCAGAGACCCGGGGACGUCUCGGUGCUGAAAUUGACGGACUGCUAAAUGAUCUGAAUCGCAUGGGUCGAGAGGAGACCUAUACUUCGUCUCAAUAUCGAACAACAAUGAAUCAUCAGGUGGGCGGCCCACCAAUCGCUCGCUGGUCCUCCCUUCAGACCGGUCUUGGACGAGACGACAGCAGUGGACGGUACACGACCACACUGACUAGACGACAUGUGAAACGCAGCAAGGACCCAGUGGAGUUUCUGGUAAAGUCACCGGCGUCUGCUAGUGUUUCACGGGUGGACCUACUUUCAGUGGAAAACCGGCGGGAUCGCAGUGCGGCGUCUCCAUCCAUGCGCCAUAACAUUACCACUUCGGUGACGGCCACGAACACUAUGGAUGCUGCAGAUAGGCAGCGAGAACAGCGCCUGCUGGACGAACUGCUGGAGACGAGGAAGGAACUGCACGAACUGAAGAGGACCUGCAGUAUGACAGCUGCUGAUGGCAGUCGAGGACUCGGUCACAGUACUACGCUGAAGGUGCCCACCUCUGGAGGAUCUACGAUUAACUUAAACAGGUACUUAUGA